UCUCUCCACGCCUCUCUCUCGCUGUCUGUCUGUCUGAACGAUGCGGGCUCUCAAACUGUGAAAACACAAUCACACGCAAGAGCCGAAUGCGUGGAUAUCAUGCAGUCACAUGAAACUACUUCAUUUCUAGCUGAUAAACACUCGAACUACCUUUCCUCUUCCUCAUUUAGGUGUUAUUUUCUCUGUGUGUAAUCGGAAGGGUAGACUGGAUUCAGAAACGGGGAAAACAGGAAUGUUUCUUCCGGUUCCAAAGAGUCAAGAAAAAAGCGAACGGAAGCCAAUGUGGUCUUUGUAGUCUGUCAGCAAACUCUUGUGUGCGGCUCAGCUCUGCUGCCAGCUUUGGUUUCCCCCCAACUGCAGGAAAAACCAUUGAGACAAGAGAGAGACCUCUGACUCAAGAAGUGCAGCAGACCUCUGACUGCAUGUCUCAGAGCUCUGACCGACCCCCCUUCUCUUCCUUCUCCUCCUUCCACUUCUCCUCAAGGACCCGCAUUUCAACAUAACUAUAACUUCCAAACCUCCAGCCAGCUGCUUGCUACUUCAUCACAGGCGCGGUUGGUAAUUGCUCUCCCUGGGCUGAAGGAUUGACCAUCGUCCCCUGACUGGCCCCCGACUGGUGCUCUUUCCGUGGGGGAGGGAGGGGAAGGAAGGUAGUUGAACGCCGUGCCACUUUCCCUGGAGAUGAAGCUGCAGGCCGUCAUGGAGAACCUGCACAGGCAGCAGAGGGCCAAGCUGCUGAUGGAGCAGCAGCUACAGCAGCAAGCCGCCCAGCACACUCAAGUCCGCACAGGUGGAGGAGGAGGGGAUGAGCUGAUGGGGAGCCCGGCCCCUGAGGCGGAGCAGGCCCAGAUGGCAGCGCUAGCGGCCAUGCGCGCCGCGGCGGCUGGGCUACAGAGGGUGUCGGACAGCCCCAUGUCAGAGCGCAGCAGUGGCGGCGAGGAGGAGGGUGAUGAUGAUGACAAUGAAGAAGGGGAGGAGCAAUACAAGGACAUGAUGGGGUCAGAUGAGGAGGAGCAGAUCAAACAGAAAUGGGACGAGGAGGACUUUGAAGGCGAGAUGGAAGAAGACUUUGACGAUGACCUGGCAGAGGAAGGUCUUCCAACGGGCCAUGAUGCUGUGGCCCCAGGCAAAGGUAUCCUCCUGUUGCCCCACCGCCAGCUUCACCCUCACUCCCAGCUGCUGAAGGCCCGCCCUAGUGUCGACCAGGAGCCUCGCGUAGCUAUCCUACCUCCCCACGCCACGCAUGGCCAUCUUGGUGGGCAGGACCAUGGAGAAUGGACCUAUGAGGAGCAGUUCAGACAGCUGUAUGAACUGGAUGGAGACCCAAAAAGGAAGGAGUUUCUAGAUGACCUCUUCAGCUUCAUGCAAAAAAGAGGAACCCCUGUGAAUCGUAUUCCCAUCAUGGCCAAACAGGUCCUGGAUCUGUACAUGCUCUACAGGCUGGUAACAGAGAAGGGCGGCCUAGUGGAGGUCAUCAACAAGAAACUAUGGAGAGAGAUCACCAAGGGACUUAACCUGCCUACCUCAAUCACCAGUGCAGCCUUCACCCUUCGCACACAAUACAUGAAGUACCUGUACCCGUAUGAAUGUGAUAAGAGGGGUCUGAGCAACCCCAACGAGCUCCAGGCAGCCAUCGACAGUAAUCGGCGGGAGGGCCGACGACAGAGCUUUGGCAGCUCCCUCUUCACCUACUCACCCAAUGGGACACCCACCAUGCUGUCCUCGCCGAAGCUCCCCACGCCCAGUGUGGGCCUGACGGUGGGCACCAACGGGGCCUCACUGACCCCCAUCCAGAAGAUCAAGAAAGAAGAGGGAGGCCAGCCGCUGCCGGGAGUCGGUGUGGCUCGUUUGCCAGUGGGGGCUUUUGCGGGUCACUCGGUGGCUGCUGUGCAGGCAGCGGCAGCCCAGGCAGCGAUGGCAGCUCAGGUGGCAGCUCUGGAGCAGCUGAGGGACAAACUGGAGGCCGGCGAGCCUCCAGAGAAAAAGAUGGCGCUGCCGGCCGAGGAACACCACCGACUGCUGCAGAGAGCGCUGCAACACAACCUGCUGGCCAUGACCGCCCAGAUACCCAUGAACAUCCGCAUCAACAACCAAGACGGCAGGCAGGACUCAGCCCUGAACCUCACCACCAACGGCACAAACAGCAUCAGCAUGUCAGUAGAGCUCAAUGGAGUAGUGUACACUGGCGUUCUUUUUGCUCAGGCAGCAGCAGGGUCGGCCUCAUCUGGUGCGUCUGGAUUGUCUGUCUCCAACUCGGCAAUCAGCGGUCGUGCUGCCACUCAGCAGCAGGAGAACACACCUACCUCAAUCUCAACCUCCAGCAACCCGUUGUCUUAACAAACCCACAGCCUUUCCCCUUUAUUUUUUUUAUUUUUAUGUUUUUUUCAAAUUACCACGCUAAGUAAAGCCAAAAAUCAACCUCAUUUUCUACAUCAUCUAUGCCAAAAAAGAGAAAAACCAUAAACCGUACAGGAAGACACAAACUGAAACUCAGAUCACUUGAAGUACACUAUCUCAGGUUUUCUCUCACAAACUCACCUCUUUUGUUCUUCAUAGCCAAAAUAAUUUUGAAAAAAAAAUAACCCAACUGAGAGCCAGUAUAUGCUAAACAAAUAUGUAUGCACAACCUGUGAAUUAUUUAUUUCUGCAUAAAUGUACAGAUUAUCAGAGAACAAAAGAGUUGGUAAUAACUAGGAAGGGCAAUGCACUGUUUACACACACAAACACAGCUACUGACUGACAGCGAUAUUUUAUCCUCUAGGGGAGAGAUUUUUUUUAUUUUAUUUUAACUUUUCAGUGUCAUUAUUAUCAUUAUUGUUAUUCUCUAUUGUGUUUAUCAUUUAAAUCUUUAACAAUCCUCUCACUGCAGGAAAAAAAAUCUAUAUAUUUAGAAUUCUAUUAAAAAAAAAAGAAAUAUGAAUAUCAUCUAUUUUUAAUCAAAAAAGCUUUAAAGGUAUAUGUUGUUUCUUCAGGGCAUAUAACCAUGUACCGUUGUGACCUCAUUUUGUGUAAAACCUUAUAACCUUAUUCACAUGGCAGCCAGUUUGGAUCUCUAUGUGGAAGAGUGAGUCUGGUGCAGGUAUUCACUCCUGUUGUGUACCGAGAUACACAUCAUAUCUACGCCACAGAUUCUCCAGUGAAAUGCAAAUUUGAAAUGGCUGGACCUCAAGAAUCUGCACGGAUAUUGGUUGACUUUUUAAUAUAUUUGGUCCAUUUUUGAGCGCUACCAGAGUUAAGGUAGUAGCUAGUUAGCUCGAAUGCUACGUAGCUGACGCCCCUGCUGAAUUCACACAGUUGUUAUGGUUGCUCUUCCUGAAACAGCUGGCUAUCUAAAAAUCCUCACCUGUUAGUUGACAUAAGGCCAGUUCAAUACAUAUCUAUGGCAAUCAUGCAGGUGCAUCGUCAAGCUUAGUGUUCAAAAUGGUUGUUUGUACAGUUGUGCAGGUGGGCAAAUGAACUAAAGCAUCCACACGCAGGACUUUCCGAGCCUCAGCGGCGUCCAAAUGACUGCUCCUCUUGCUGUUUGGGCGUCAGAUUUUCUGUGAGUAGCAUGUUUUCCAUUGUUCUCAGGUGUCCGUCUGCUCAUCACAUUGAACAAUAUCCCCCGGUCUUCUAUCACACUUGACGAAGCAAUGCUUUUCAGCAUCUAUCCCUGCAGAAAGAUCAGUUUUUAUCUUUUUUUAUGACUUGGCCUUCUAGUGGAGUGAUUGUCUUAAAGUCAGAUGCAUGUAUGUAUUUGUAGAUAAAAGCCCUUCAGGAAACAGGGAAACUCUGAUUUCCUGUCUUGAAUUUACAAGAGUCGAGCGUCCGCUAAAUCUUUGUAACUGUGGUGACACUCACAUGGACAAUCAGAUGUCAGGAGAUGCAGUCUGAGCUUCAGAAGAUACUUACCCUGACAAUUAUUUCAGCUCAUAUCUGAUGUUCUGUUGUUGUUGUUUUUUUUUUUUUUCUUGUAUCAUAGAUUACAGAUGCUUUUGUUUUUUGUUUCAGCUUUGUGUUUUUGCAUGACUUCUGAUCCAAGUGCUUCUUAUCCUGUGCUGUGAUGAGGACAGGGUCACCUAUUCUCAUAGCUCGCCACCUAUCAAGGAUAAUACAGAGAAUGUCUUGUGAUGUUCUGACUGUUUUUAAACGUUGCUUAAUUGGGGCUUUUGAUAAUGUAGCGCUUGCUUGUGUCUUAGUGUUUGCACAAACACUCACUGCAGUUGGAUUUGUAACAGGUUAAAUCUGCCACAGCGGAGACACCAUGUUACCUCAUAAGUAGUUGUGUCUCUGCAUUUUGAAGUAGAUCAAUCAUUCAGCUUUUUGAACUUUAACCUGUGUUACCUCCCUGGACUGUUGGCUGUGAAAGAUUGUUACUCAACCCCUUCGACCCCACCCCUAAACAAAGCAGCCUCAUUCCUACUGACGUUAGGAAGUAAAUCAGGCUUUGUAUGUGGGUUCUGUUCUGAGGCCUUAACACAGCAUGAGAUGACCAGAGUGCGAGCAGUACCUCCGUCUAAUCAGUUUUUACUGUUUCAGUCAAAUAUCACCAGAUGGCUGACGAGGCUUUGAUUCUGGACUUGCUGCUCGGUGGGAAAUCGCCACCAGCUGCUACACAAACACUGGUCUGUUUUAGAAAGUACUCUUUAUACUCAAAUAGCCAACAACUCUCAUUCAAAAACACAAACAUAAAAUGCUCAAUAGCUAAAGAGUACAAAUAAAAUGGAUUUUUUCCUCCUUAGAAAAGAAAAUUAGAGCUUUAGUUGGAUUUUAAAAAUGUUUUUCAGAGACAGAAACAGGAUCUCAUUGGUUGAGUUGUAUCUUAAUGACACGAAGAACCACAGUUUUCCCAUAAUGAUUAAGUUCAAGGUUACUUUAGUGACUGGUCAAGUUAUUAACAGAAACCUGGAACAUGAAUCAUAUUUGUUUUAGAUGUAAAUCUCCUGACAAAGCUAGUUUGUGACUCACUUAUUCAGAAGGCCAGACCAGUUUAAUGAACACCACCCUGCGCCCACCUAUAGGCAAGAAAUGUAACAGCAGCAACAGUUUUGACCUGCAGAAGAAGACAUGCCGAUGUCACCACCCUCAGGCAUUGAUGCAACAGCUGCACUCUACGUAGCUGCUGUUGUGUAUGUAUGUGCCUGAGGUUUUAAAAUUGGCAGCCAAGACAAAAACGUACUUGUGCUUUGCAAGUUGAUGCAAUUUUGGCUUUGGCGUGGCUCAUACAGCCACACAGGGUAAAAACAUAAAAACGGAACAUCAUUGUGUGACAUUGAGCUGCAGUGGUUAUUAAAUGUAACUCAGCUCGUGGUUGUACAACACCAAAUAUAGAAAGUUCUCAAGUGUGUUAACGAAGUUCAUUUUGCCAGUUUAUAAUAACAAAUGCAAAACAAACAAACCCAAACAUCAGUUCUACAGAGGAGAACCUGUUGUAACUUGUUGCCUGCAGGUGGCACAAGAGUCAAAACUGUGACAGCUGUCACCUGCCUGACUUGUAGCUGGUGCAGCUUGGACCGGCUUUAAGUGCACCUGCAUUUCUGAAACUGCUGCUGCUGUGACUCUACAACAGUUUGCAUCAGUGGCACUGCGUGUUCUCGUUCAUACAACAGGGUUAGAGUGAAUGCUAGCUUAAUAUACGAUAAUAUCUAUGCCAAGCGGCAAACCAAGAUAAAAGUUUCCUCCUCUCCUACCUCUGCAUUUUGUCUUCGCUUCUUAAAAACAGCAACUCUUUGGCUCCGACCACAGAAGUUUAUUUCAACCAAUGAAGUCGUUUUUAAGUCUGAGAAGCAUUUGCAGAAGUGAAACUCCAGUUUGUGCAAGAUUAACGCUUUCUGUCAACAGCCUUAUGUAGGUGGGAGACAAUAGAAAGAUAGGUUUAUUUUUUUAUUUGUGAGCAGCUUGCAGCUUACUUCUCUGUGGAGGAGUAAUUUCACAGAUACAGGACAGACGGAUGUUUACAUGAUGAAUUAAGUUAUUUGGGGAAGAGGUAGUUGUUUUGCAGCUGUGGCUGUGAAGUCAGCUAGCAGACCAAUCAGACCUCAACCAUUUUGCCUUUUUAAAAUGCAAAUGGCAUUCAUGCAGUUUUGACAUAUGAUGGAGCCUGAUUUCAAGAUUCAACAACCUAUUUGAAAUAUUUAUCAGUGUAGGUCUGUGUCAGAGGAGUUCAGUACAUUUCUACGCUGAAAAAUGUAGGUAGCAUGUUAAACAGGCAGUGCCUUCUGAUGCUGCCUCGUGGACAAGUGAGUCAGUGCAGAGACACACACUACGGCUAAUCUGUCCUCUUUACAUUUGAUAGACAAAUCUAUCCAAAGCAUUAUGCAGUGUAGCUACAUAUAUAUCUUAAAAAUCACUGAAAUUGACAUCUUUUUCUCUCAGUCCGGGUCUUACAGUUUUGGCAAAAAACACUUAUUUUGCUUCAUUUAUAACAGUUAUAGUGAAUUAACUUUGAAAAAACAAUAUUUGUUUAGAUCUGUAGGCUGCAGAUAGCUGGGUUAAGAUUGGCUUUGAACAUGUUAUUUUGAGGGAAGCUCUCAGUCAUACUGCCUUAGAGAGUGGUAACUACAGAAACAAGCAGAGUUUCUUAGCACGUGUAACAGAUACAUGAGCUGUAAAACAUUAAUUUUAUGUCUUUUAAAAUCAUUAUUACUCCGUGUCACAGAACUUACAUGAAACCUAAAAAAAAAAAAAACAUUUAGAUACUAAUGUUACCUUUUAUAUUUGGGCAGGAGAAAUGGAAAAGCCAUAAGCCACAAAUAAAAUGGGUUCUGCCUAUUUGAACUAAUAACUUAGUUUCGUAAAUUCAUCUUUAAUGAAAUGCAUCAUGAAUAUUUGAUUUAAAGGUCGAGAAACCACAUGAUUUAAGAUUUAAGAUUUAGCUAUUUUCUUAUAAAAAAAGUCAGUUACAAAGAUUUUUGUGCAUCAAAAUGAAUUUUUCAAUUCCAGGAAGCAGGAAAAUUUGGAUAGCUUCAGCUAAAGGCUAUCCCACCAGCUAGCUUUUAACUCGGCUUCGAUCAAACACGUAGCUACUGUGUGUUGCCUUUGUAGGGCUGCGUGAUUUCCACAGUAAUGGUGGUGUAUACAUGCUAUGCUGAAAAGGACCUAGGGUGAAAAAACAAACAUGAAAGAAAUCACUUUAAGCUCUUUUAGUCAGCUCAGUUGCACACAGAAAAACCUUACAUUUCCCUCCAUGUCUCUGUCUCUUCAUGAGUAGCAGAUGUCACAGUUGCUGGUAAUGGCUGACAAUCAAAUAGAGACAUGCUGUGGCUGAAAGCUUUGGUUUGGAGGGGGAGGCUGCUGGAGAAAGCGAAAUUCAAUCAAUCCCAAUCUAAAGGAUCAACAUUGCUUCUUUAGAUUUGACCCUGUGACCUUUUGACCUCUGAGGCAACAUUCAAGCACCUGCCCCCCUUCACCGGAUCCAUGUUUAUCGUAUAUCUAUUGACCGGCCCUGCGAGAUAUUUGCAUUUGAACAGUGGAUGUACUGCAGCUCUCUCUGUCUCUCUGUGCGCGGCAGCAUCUUCAGGGAAGGAUGGCAUAAUUGUGUGGUAGUGACAAUCAGGGGACGUUAUGACAACACUGUAUACCUCCAAACACUUUGACAUCCCUUCAACCACAAUCAAGCCCCGUUACUACCUCAAAGACUAAAAGCUUUGGCAGAUCUCUUUGCUUCAGCCACAACAGAGAAUCCUGUUGAAGGCUUUGUUCAUGCAGGAAAACCGACCAAGAUGUUGUUGAUGCUGGUUUAUAAAGAGUUCGGUUUGACUAUGAAAGAGAUUGUAAAGACCACAGACAAUCAGAUUACAGCUAAAAUUCGACUUGUACCUUUAAUUAAUAACCAUUUUAGAAAGGGGAAUCGGUGAUGUCAAGGUAGUUUAGAAGCUGCCACCCCUGUAGUAAGAGCUCCCCUCAGUGGAGAUUUUCGUUAUGACAAUAAAACAGUUUAGCUUUCCUAGAUGGAAAAACUUAAAAGGUUUGAUUGAAGGCUGCAAAGACUCACUUUCCUUCAGUAUGGUCAUUUAUGGCAAAGAAAUGACAUAUUUUCAGUGUUCAUAUCUUCAUUUCCUCCCAGUGUUUCCAGAGUUUUCUUCUUGUUGAGGUGAAAUGGCAUUUAAAUAUUCAUGGGACACUUUAAUAAUCAGUUGUGUCAGUAGCUCUUUAAGGUAUUUGAAUUAAGAAUUAAUUCACAAAUUGAAAACACAAUCAGUAAAGAAUCGAUAAUCAAACUACCUGUCUUGUCUGUUUCUCUGUAUCUGUGGUCAUUAGUUUAGACACUUUGCAUCUGCAGUUCUUGGCUUUAAUUUUUAUUUGUCAAAGUUACAUUAUUGUUGUGUGGUAAUGCAGUUAAAAGCUUGGAUUGAUUUCUAAAAGUCUGCUUGUUUGGUGCGUUCAUGUGCUGUUGUACAGAUCGGAACAAUGACUUAGCCGGACUAAUUUUCUUACUAAGCAUUUUGUUUGUCUUGGAGUUUGAUUUCCCGACAGUAAAAGUAGUAAAUCUAGUGCUGCUCGAGUCAACUCCCUGUCGGAGCUUCUGAUCAGCACAAAACCCUCUCCGUCAAAAAUGUCAUAACAUAAAAGAUCAUUACUUUCAGGUGUUUUUUCUUGAAACAUUGCUGCUUUUACUCCCGACAGAGCUGUAGCUAAAAUAACCUCUUGAAAACUUACCAGGUCCAGAGCGUCUUGCAUGGAAAAUUGACUCAGACUCCUGUUCCCCACAUGCUGCCGACAUGGAAAUUUUGCCAGAACAUUUACGGGUUAUGGUGCAUGUGGGUUCGGGGGGUUUUGACUGAACUUCACCACUGACUUUACCUCCAUCAGGUGGACUGUGGAGAAGGGAAUAUGAUGAUGAGAAAAUAACAAGAUGCCUUCUGCUGUGACAAUUGUUGUAUGAAUUAACCUGUAUUAAUAAAAUUCAUUAAAUAGAUUAUUUCUGAAAUAUGGCUUAUUAGGGCUCUGGAUUAUAUCAUGUUUAUAUUGUUUGUUUCGUUUUUUGCUUUGCUUUUGCUUUUUUUUUGGAUAUGCUGUAGCAACCCUGGCACACAGAGAUUACAUGUAGAGCAGAUUUAUUAAUAUAGUGAUUAUAAUGAUAAUGUGAUUACUUUAGGGAAGCAUGUGAUGUAAUGUGUGUGCGUGGGUUUCACAUGCGUCUGUGUGUCAACUUCAGAACUGAAACAAGGCUUUGUCGCUUGUCUCAUACAACUUCUUCUCAGGAAAAUCUACCUCUGCCUCCAGUUUGAUGCAUUUAACCCAGUGAGGGCUCGAGUUACAGUGUAGUGGGUACACAAAGAGGGCGUGAGGGCUCACACCAGGGUCCGAAAUGAACUCCAACAUACCAUAAUAGUUUCUUAGAUAUGAACACAGUUUCCUGGUAGUACACAUGAGAUUGUAAUAUUGUGAUGUAUUUAUGACAUUAUAAGUGGCUGGAUAUAAAUAUAUAAAUAAAUAUCCUUAACAGAUUUUUUUUCACCCUGGUUGGUGAACUAAAAGGUUCAUUUUGGACACUGAGGUGGCUUUCUCUCUGCUUCUCUCUCUCUGUGUUACAGGUUCGUAACACUUCUGCUGUUUAGUUCAUUUGAGCACCAACAACAGGGAACCUCCAGCUCAACAGCUAAAUACUACUAGUGCUACAGCAAGUACUGCCUCAAGUACCACUGUUAGUACUGCAAGUCGUUUUUCAGUCUGUUCUAUUAAUGUGUGCUUAUUCCUCUUUUUUCUAUACAUGAUUACAUUUUUGAUGAAUGGGAUGUUUCCCGGUAACCACGGUAACAGUGAAGUGGCGGCGGGCAAUGCAACUGUUUUUCUUUUUGUUUGUUUUCCUUUUUUCUCUUUGUUUUUUUGAAGGGUGGAGAGCUAUUCUUGCCUAUUUACUCAAUCUGUGUUUGUGUGAAUACUUUUAUUUUGAAUCUGAAAUUAAUAAAAUAUCACCUUUCUUAAAUGUCA